AUCGGCAUGUGGAGGACUAUCCCAUGAUGGGCCACUACAGUGAUUCCGUCUCUCUGUUUAAGGAUAUCUUCUCAUCUGGAGUUGUUAUAAAUAAUUACACCCUGAGCAUUGCUGCCAAUUCUCUGGCUCGUCUGCAUAGAGUGGACUUGGGUUUUGCUAUCUUAGGGAGCCACUUGAAGCUGGGUUUGGUUCCCAAUGUGGUUUUCUUCAACACCUUAAUGAAAGGGAUGUUCCUCCAAGGACACACUGGCAAGGCUAUUAAGUUGCUUCAUUUGUUUGAGGAGAAAGGACAUUGCAAGCCAGAUGUACAUGCAUAUACCACCAUCAUUGAUUCAUUGUGUAAGGAUAAAAUGAUGGACGAUGCCCUUUCCCUGCUAACCAAGAUGAGGGAAAAGGGCAUUCCUCCUAAUGUUGUCACCUACAGUUCCCUAAUUCAUGGACUAUGUACAUUGAGUCGUUGGGAAGAGGUCAAGGAGUUAUUGAAAAGAAUGGUGGACUCUAGAAUUCCUCUUAAUGUCCUUACAUAUAGCAUAUUGGUUAGUGGGUUUUGCAAGGAAGGAUAUACCAACUAUGCUGAAAAAAUCAUAGAGACAAUGAUUCAACAAGGUGUAGAUCCCAACGUAGUUACGUACAAUGCUUUGAUGGAUGGAUACUGCUUACAAGGAAAGAUGGACAGUGCAUCAAAGCUCUUAAAUACCAUGAUACAUAGGGCAUGUGGCCCUGAUAUUUGCACUUACAAUAUUCUGAUAAAUGGAUACUGCAAGAGUGGGUGUUCAGAUAAGGCCAUGCAAUUGUUUGAAGAAAUCCCUAGCAUUGGCCUAAAGCCAACACUUGUUACCUACAACAAAAAUCAAGAAUAUCCUGAUCUUGUCACCUACAAUAUUAUUUUGGAUGGCUUCUGCAAGAACGAUCGUGUUCCUCAAGCGCUUUCUUUACUGAGGAUGAUGGAAGCUAAGAGUCCUAUCCCCGAUAUCAUUAGCUAUAGUACUGUCAUAAAUGGACUAUUCAAAGAUGGAAAAUCAUGCAGUGCAAUAGAACUGUUCAAUGCCCUUCCCACUAAAGGUCUGCAACCAAAUGUUAUAACUUACAGAAGUAUGAUAAGUGGGCUUUGCCAAGAAGGCUUGCUAGAAGAUGCAAAAGGCAUGCUCAUGAAAAUGGAGAAAAAAGGUGUGAUGCCAGAUAGCGUGGCAUACAAUCAACUGGAUGACUUUGCUGCUUACUCUGUUCAUGUAGUCAUGUUCUUCAUUGAGUUGCAGGUGAUCCAGGUGUCCGAAUCCUCCAUGAUAAUUUACCAACAAGUUUGUCACCUUCAACAUGGAACUCAUGCACUUGGCAAUCAAAUGCGUCAAAAGUGGGGUUUAAUCCACUGGUUAUAAACCAUUUCCCCUCAAAAUCUUUCAUCCUGAAGUUUUUGGCAAGAACACUUUACUGGAUUGGGAGCAGGAAAUUCGCCUAGGUCUGAUUUACGUGGUACACAUUUCUUUCGUGACACUGCACACUCAUUGAUUGAACUCAUCUACCACACUGUUUUCAAACAAAUCACCACAUUUUAUCUGCAAAGUAAAAACAAGAAGAUUUU